AUGUCCAUGACUGAGAGCAGCACUAGGCGGGCGUUGGGCUCAAGCGGUGUGUGGAUGAACAACAGCUACAGCGGCGCCAAUCAUCCGAAGUUCGAUACUUCUCUGGGAACCGGAUCCCCAAAGAUUGACAUUUCAACCUCACAAACGCCUAUUCGCAACGGUGCCUCUUCGACAACAUCGGUUGCGGCGACAAUGUCGCAGCAGCUUCGAUCUCCCAUGGUGACGGUCCACCAGCCGUAUCGUAGCAUUCCACCGUCUGUAUUUGGUGUGGAAUCAGAACUGGAGAGGUACACACGCAACCCUGCGGAAACUGCCGUUCCCGUGACAUCGGUAUAUAAAUCUGUGGUAUCCCGCACACCUGAUUCGAUGGCCCGGUGUGGGUAUAUUCCUUCCCAGUGCUCUUCGCAGCGCUCACCCAUUGCAGUGCUGGACGGAGGUGACAUUGGACACGCGGGGGACAUGUGCGGCGGGGAUGUUACACAUUCUGCAACACCACACGAUACGGCUGUCGCUGGUGGUGGAACCACUAAUGGUUCAUCACACAUUGUUUCUACUCGUGUCUUAAACAACAAUGGCAACAAACGUAUGGCGACCAUUGUUCAUUUGGGUAACGAUGCCGACUGUGCGGGUCCUGGUGUUUACAACGCUUCGGAACCACUGCAGUGCCCCAUUGCUCUCCGCAUGGUAGAAGCGGAGGAGAAGCACUUAAAUUAUAGUGGCGUGGAAUUGGAUCCCGCUGACCUUAACCGUGGUGACACUACGGAGCGGGCACGUCGUCUUCAGCAGCGUCUAAGGCAGGUACAAUACGGCAAAGAAACGGCGGGUUACGAAAACUACAUCAGAGCCGUGCCAUCCCGUUGUGAUCGUGAGUUCCGCAAUCCAAUGCAUCCCAUGACACCACGUCCCGAGUAUGAUUGCAGUAAACGCACAUUCGAUAGGUAUCUCAACGUGUGGCGGCGGCAGUUGCACCUCUGGGAUGAUUAUGACGCAGAUAACUUAGCUCCACAGUACACACGAAUUGGCAUUCCAACGCUGGGGCGUCUUGGUUUGGAGCGGGUGCAGAACGCUGCUGAUGAGCAAUCGUGUGGAUUUCUGUCCUUUACACCAACAACAGCGCACGGUGUGGUUGGCACGAUGGCGGGCACUGUCGCAUGUACUCCUGUUGUCACCCGCAAUCAGCGACGGGAUGUAUCGGUGUCUAUGCCUUCCGCUUCGCACCAGCGCCCGGGACCAUAUGCAGUGGGCGGUCUUUCUGCAGUCGGUGGACCUCACGGGCCCAGUAUGGGUAUGCCCAAUGUAUGCUCUUCAAAUGUUUGCGGUGGCGGUGGUGGUACUUGUUCCAUUCCAAAUACACCACACACGCCAUAUUACGGCAGUACUCAUUCCAACAGCAGUCACAUGCCCCCGUUCCUGUCUGUGCUUGCUCAGCCUACCAUUUACUCACCACAUUGGGCCGAUUCUUCUCGUCAGGGAUCACCAAUACAACAUGGAGCUCAACGCAGCGUUGGUUACUCUUACAACUCUACAAGUGGAUGCAGUGCCCCUGGAAAUGGGUGUGGGACAUAUAUGGACAACACAAACCACUGCUGGAAUAACGUUUACGCAGGUGGCUACCACUCGCCUUACGGAGGGCACCGCGCCACUCCACACUCGUCACCUAAUCAUCAUCACUAUUCUUAUUACAAUGGUGUCGGUGUGACGAACUUGGCGCCCCCAUCACCCAUGUGUGUGGGACAUGAGGGGUGGGGGAAUUCGUUACGCCAGCAGCGUCAGUAG